AUGGACGCAAAAUCUGCGAAACACGAGCGGCAUGCUACGGAUGAGUUUAUGGUAGGUAAAAAGUGUAAACUGGAUGUCAGCUAUUUUGCUGUUUGUCUUAGAAUAGUAAUGAAUAUAUCACUACCACCACCUAUAUACAUUUACAAUGAAACCGGUUUUAACGAAAUGGUCAAACAAUUACGUGAUGACAGUGUUAUUGGAUUUGAUUGUGAACGAGAGUCGACCACAUUUGAAUCAUCAACAGUGUUAUUACAAAUAUCAACAAGAAAAGUGGAUUUUAUCGUUUUCACAGCUGACAUUGAUGCAAUAACAGUUUGCGGUUUAAACGAUAUAACAAGUGACAAUAAUAUUUUAAAAAUCAUACAUGACUGCAGACAAGAUGCGAAACAUUUAUAUUUGGAUUUUGGAUUUAAAUUUAACAACAUUUUUGAUACACAAGCAGUCGCUGAAUGCUUGAAAGAAACAUCCAAGUAUUCAGAUUUAUUACAAAGAUAUUGUGGUAUUGAUGUGUCGUAUUUAAAAAAAAAAUAUCAAAGAUAUGACUGGUCACAACGACCGUAUGAACCUUGUGCACUUUUAUACGCACAACUAGAUUCGCACUUUCUUAUCGAUGUGCAUCAAAAACUUGUUGAAGCAGUUGACAAUUCAGACGAUUCAAUUGCAUUACAGAUAAAAAUUAAAGCUGAAACCACAAAACGAUUGACCCAAAUGCAUCAGCCACGACGCUACAAAAAUAAAUGUGGUCAUAUCUUAAAUAUGCACAAACACACGUUCACUGACAGUCAAAAAGAAAUAUUUCAACGUGCCCAUUUAUGGCGUUAUGAUUUAUCAAAAUCGCUUGGAAUUUCGGAAAGGCACAUUUGUAUUGCCAAUUCGUACCUUGAUUUAUUUAAUCGAAUCAUGCAGCAUUUGAUUAAAGAUGAACAGUUAUUAGAAUUACAAAAAAUUUUAUUUUCGUUGAAUUCCAACUCAACAACAACAGUAGGUGAAUGUAAACCAGAGUCAGAUAAUUGGCAGCAAAAUUGUACUUAUGCCGCAGAACAAAAUGGAGAAGUAAUACUGGUAGAAGAUUACACUCGUGAUGAAGACUUUCUCGCGCGUGAUGCGCUUGAGGAUGAACUUGACGUUCCAGAAUAUCAAACAAGAGCAAAUGAACAUGACUACGCUCCCGAUGAGCCGAAGGUAAGUUUUUCGUUUCAGAUGGAACAAGAUUAUAAUGAAGAAUUUCUCGCGUAUGAUACGCUUGAGAAAGUACCUGAACUGGUACCAGAAAGAAAACGUGGAAGAAAACGAAAUCGAAAAAUUAAUUUUAAUUUGUUCAUUUGCAGUUUGCACUGGAAUUGUCAUGUUAGACAAAUCGUGCAAAUGUUUACAUUACGUAAAUAUCCGAAACCGAAAGUAAAUAUGAUUCUGGAUAAAAACGGCGACUUCACCGGAUUGGCAUAUGUUUACAUACCAAACAAUAUUUUAUCGAAAUUACUUGAUGACCACUUUCGGCGACCGUUCUGCAUUACGAAAAAUCAUCCGUUAAAAAUGCGACGUAUGAUACACAGCAACGACAAACUGAUUCAGUGCACAAUAUCGUAUCAAAUCAAAAUUAUUUUUGCACCACUAUGUAAUGGUAUUUCGCGCGAUAUUGUACAAGACUGGUUUAAUUUUUUUGGAAAAAUUAUUCAUGUCAAUACGUUUUAUUGUCAAAAUUUAGAACGAACGGUGGCCAUUAUUACAUAUGAAAACCAUGAUUCAGUGGAUAGAAUUAUCGCUUCUCACCCACCUCUCGAUCCACUAUUUAUUGAACAUGCCGAAAAAUUGGAAAAAUUGAAAGAAAAUGAUGAACGGCUGGUGAUCCAUCAAAAAAGAAUUGAACGAGCAAAACAAACACGCCAUUUAUACCAUCAAAGAAAACAUGACGUGAGUAGCUAUUUACUCUCAUUUCAAAAAGUACUUGAAAUGAAAGCCAAAAAAAUCAGUACUGAAUUUGAAAACGUUUUGAUCUAUCCAGGUGAAUUUCACAUAAUGAAAAACAUGAUGAUCUUGGUAUGGGACGUAUUACAAGGGACUGGAAUUGAAGAUAUCAUUGGCGAACUGUAUAAAGCAGCAGCUCUACGUUCUAUUUUAAAUGUUCAUCAUUUCAACAAAUCGCUGAGAAGUUGCAAAUUGAUUUAUACCGCACUAUCAAUUUUGAUAAUGGAGGAAUUUUUGAAAACAUCGCCAUCAACUGCCAAAAUCAAGUCGAUGAUAGCGAAAGCGCCAAAUGAGCAUGAAGAUCGGACAAGUGAAUUACAAUUCCAAUGGUUCCAAAAUGUUUUGGACGAAAUGAGAACUGAAGACUUAGCUAAUGCAUUUGCUGCAUGGGCAGUUGGUCGCAGCCAACAGAAUUUAACGUUCAAAUUUUGGUAUUUCGUGUUGGAACAUCUAUUCAAACCAUUAAUGGAAUUAUACAUGUCAAUCAGAACAUCUAACUUUUCAACACGUAAUUCAUCGUUAAGUAAAAUUGCACCGUUAUUCUUUGCCAAUAAUCAUCGAAAUUACGCACGUUUAUUUGCACAACAUUUUGUCGAUUUACGAUCGUGCUCGAAGUAUCUUCUGGAACGUUUAGAGCGUUCAUUUGCCGUUAAUCGCACAAACCGUCCAUUCUCUUCGAUAGCAAUGGAUCAAACGAUUGAAUGCACCAUAAAUAAAGUAGGAAAAGGAUACGGGGGUAUAUCCGGUCGAUUUGAUGAACAAUCGAUUGAUACUUGGACAAAAUCAUUUGCCUUUCGGGCGUUAUUGUCAACAGUUACAUGCGAGAUAGCUAGUUUAGAAACAUCAAAAAAUGAAAUUGCUUCACAUCUCGAAUGUCAACCGAAUCGUUCCGCAAUAGAUAACAAAGAUUUAACCACAAUAAUAUCGAAAUUAAGACCAGAGAAGUUGUUUGAAUCCGAAAAUCAACAUUGUAGAAAACUGUUAUCUGGGAAAAUUAUACAUGAGGAUAUAGUUGACAACAUCUGUUCGUCAUUUGAAAAAGGUCUGGAUGCUUUAAAAACAUACACCCAAGAACGAUUAGUCACUAAGUCUGUUGCAUUGGAUCUAAUCGAAUUAUUUUCAUACGAAUAUACUGAUACACCGCUAUCUUUAUGUGACAAAGAUAAUUUUGAGUUGAUAAAUCAACAAAAUAAAGCUAGUGCAAUGGAUUUUAUGAAAGAAAAAUUUUCCACAUGUUUUACCGGUAGUUAUCAAACAAACUAUGAUCAGUGCGCAUUGGUCAUUGAUGGAGGAAGUCUACUUGAAAUUAUGCCUUCGUCGAAAACUUCAACAGUACAUGAUUAUGCCGUACAAUUAUUACAAAAUGUUAUUAUUCAACAAUUAAAAUCGUUUCAACGCAUCGAUAUUGUGUUCGACUCGAGUGACAGUAAAGCUGUGAAGGCGUUCACAAAACGUCACGCGAAUAAUAAGUCAAACAAUAAAUAUGAUUUGAAGAAGGAUGAUCGGUUAGCUACAAAAUAUUGUGAAUACCAUGAUUUCGUACAUCAGAAUCGUGCAAUAUUAGCAAAAUGUGUAUUGGAAUGUUGGCAAGAACCUGCAUUGGUAAACUUGCUACCGGAACGUACAGUUUUGGUAGUAGCAGGACCUGCUGUGGAAGCUGUGCGGUUACAAAAGAAUCUCCCACCUGAAACAGUCGACGAAUUGGAAGCAAACCAUGUCGAAGCUGAUACACGAAUGAUGCUACAUAUACAGGCAAUUCAGUCGACCUACAUUUUUAACAAAGUUGUGAUUCAAGCAAGCGAUACUGAUGUUGUACUGUUAUCCGUCGCUUACGCAAAAAUUAUCGGUCUCGAUUCAUUAGUCGUUAAGUGUUUUAACACAACAACCAAAGUGUUCACUUAUGUUGAUAGCAUGCGGAUGGCUGAAGAAAUAAUCGAGAAAUAUCGUUUUGAUCCAAUCUUAUUGAUUAUUUUGCAUGCAUUAUCCGGUUGCGAUACAACAUCGUUUGUCCGCAACAUCUCGAAAAAGACUUUUUUCCACACGUUUUUCGCUCAUCCACCCGACUUUGACGAAAUCGCAAAUUUUCAGUCGUUUCCAAUCAUAACCGAUGCAGUAUUUGCAGCAGAAAAACUCUUUAUCGCUUGUUAUACUCGUAGUCAUACAUCGAGCGCUGCGGAAUUUUCUCAGACAGCAAGCAGACACUACAUUUCUCCUGACGAAUUACGUUCUUCUUUUGCUCUAAAAUCGUUCAAGCAACACAGUAAAAAUAUUGUAUUAAACUUGCCCCCAACAACAGACGCGUUCCAUCAACAUUGUUUGAGAGCGGCCAUGCAGAUAAAUAUCUGGCUACACUGUUUUGAUCAAUACAUUCAAUAUCCUUCAUUCACAAACAAUGGUUUCGAAUUGAUUGACAACAAGCUGAAAAUAAAAUGGAUGUCAAAAUCAGCAAAACCAAAUAGUGCAAGUUUAUCAUCAUGUGCAUGCCGUACGAGCGGAUGCAAACGUUGUAAAUGUGGAAAAAAUGGCUAUUCUUGUACAGUUUAUUGCCGGUGUGCGAAUGAAACUUGUGGAAAUCGAUCCAGUAUAAAUCUGACUUCUAGCUUUUUACUUGAUAACCUGGUAAGCAACUGAGCUACUCCUUUUAUAUCAGCAUUAUUCUUUUGUUCCUUUUAAGUCGUCAAGAGCAACUGAUACACAAUCUCAAAUAUUGUCCAUUAGGACUGUAGACACGGAACAUAGUUUAGAAAAUAAAU